UGCUCUGUCUAGACUCAAAAUUAGGGUUUCCUCUAACAAAAUCCCUCGGCAUUCUUUGCUAGAUUUCCCUCCAAUUCUUCAAAUUUUUUGCUUGCCUGACUGUUAAAGGAAAGCUGUUUUGCUCUUUUGCUGGAAGCCCUUAUUGUAUCCCUUCUAUUUCUUUUUGUUCUCCCUUUUAGUUCAAUUUCUCAUUCCUUGCUUUUUGCCUUUUUGUUUUCUGCCCUUUUCCCCCUUUUGGUGAAUACAUUUUCCCAGAUAUAUAUUAAAUUAGAACUGGCCAUUGUUUUUUGGGCACUUGCCUGCAUCUAUUAUCUAUUUUUCAAGAAUUUCACUUUGUUGAGCAUCUGAAGCCUCUUAAUUAUCAUUCAGAACUUUCUUUGCCUGUCUCAAUUACUACUUUUACUAUUUUGUAAUUCCCUUUUCUGGGAAUCAUUCAAGUUGCAACUCCUGUGAAGCCAUAUUAUCUUCAUGGCUAAGAUUCAAACGAAAUUCUUAUUCUGUGACUCCAUUUGGCCUCUCAUUCUUGUUUCCUCCUUUCCACAUUUGUACUCUUUUCUUUUUUUCAAUGCUUCUGGCUUCUGUGCUUCCCUCACAGUUGCCUUGCAAGCUUGGUUUAUUAGAUAAAUAAAAUGCCAAGGACAAGGGAAGAGAUUGAAGAGCAGGUGGACCUUGAUGGAGACAAUGACCCGGAGGAAACUAUAGAGGAAGAGGUUGAAUAUGAAGAAAUAGAGGAAGAAGAGGAAGUGGAAGUUGAGGAAGAGGUGGAAGAGGAGGUGGAAGAAGAGGACGAAGAUGCUGAUUUGCAAAAUGGCUCUGAUGCUAAUGAAGAUAUGAACGAUUUUGAGACACAGGAAGAAAGGAAAAAGAAACAUGCAGAGCUUCUUGCACUUCCUCCUCAUGGGUCAGAGGUUUACCUUGGUGGCAUUCCUCAUGAUGCUUCUGAUGAGAACUUGAGGCGAUUUUGUGAAUCUAUAGGAGAAGUUGUAGAGGUUAGGAUAAUGAAGGAGAAAGAUUCAGGGGAGGCCAAGGGUUAUGCUUUUGUGACCUUCAGAUCCAAAGAGUUGGCUUCCAAAGCUAUUGAAAACCUGAAUGGUUCUGAUUUCAAGGGGAAGAAGAUAAAAUGUUCAACAUCUCAGGCUAAGAAUAAGUUGUUUAUUGGUAAUGUUCCCAGAAACUGGGGGGAGGAAGAUAUGAAGAAGGUUGUAACAGAUGUUGGUCCUGGAGUCAAUUGUAUUGAGUUGUUGAAGGAUCCAAUGAAUCCUGGACGAAACCGUGGAUUUGUUUUUAUAGAGUACUAUAAUCAUGCAUGUGCUGAAUACUCGAGACAGAAAAUGUUGAAGCCAACAUUUAAGCUUGAUAAUAAUGCCCCAACUGUGAGUUGGGCAGACCCAAGAAAUGCAGAAUCUUUUGCCACUACUCAGGUUAAAGCUGUGUAUGUUAAGAAUUUACCAAAAGAUAUAACUCAGGAUCGCCUAAAGAAGCUAUUUGAACAUCAUGGAAAUAUCACGAAAGUUGUAGUUCCACCUGCAAAAGUUGGAAAGGAGAACAGCAGAUAUGGUUUUGUGCAUUUUACAGAGAGGUCAAGUGCUAUGAAAGCAUUGAAGAACACUGAAAAAUAUGAGAUUGAUGGUCAAGUAUUGGAGUGCUCUAUUGCAAAACCACAAGCAGAUCAGCAGUCUGGAGGAUCUGGCCCCCACAAGUCACCCUUAGAUUCAAGCUUCCCACCUCUUCUAGGAUAUGGUUUAGCUGGGGGAGCAUAUGGUGGUCUUGGAACAGGAUUUGGCCCGGCAGGCUUUGGACAGCCAUUGAUCUACGGUCAAGGUUUAACCCCUGCUGGAAUGGCAAUGAUGCCAAUGCUUCUACCUGAUGGAAGGAUUGGAUAUGUACUACAACAGCCUGGAAUGCAACCACACACCCAUCCACCGCAGCCCCAUAGCAGCCGCAGUGGUGCUAGUGGUAGUAGCACGAGUGGCGGAAGGCGUAGCAGCAAUGACAGUAGCCGAGGACGCCGUAGGUAUAAUCCAUAUUAGGUUAGUUUCAGUUUGCAUUCCAUGUUUCUGGUAACCCGAGGCUGGAAGAAGAAAACAAGGAAUCUGCUAGUCUUAUUUGAGGCUAAAGCAUUAAGGAGUGCCCAAUUAGCUUUUGUUAGCCACAACAUGGUGACAAAUUGUAGCUGUAAAACACUAACUGAUAUUUAUUUGAUGCCAAUUCUAGUGAUCAACGAUCAACAAAAACAGUCCAUUGAAUUUGGUUUAAAUGGUAUUUUUCCCUUCCCAACAUGG